AUGGAUCAUAAUCCAGAUCCAAUUGGAAGUGGAUUGAGGACGGAAGCAAUUGUAGAAGCAGCGGGUCCAGAUUGCAUUGUUCCCGGACAGAUUACUCCUAUCAAAUUACUGGGGCUUAAGGUAUGGCCCAUUGAAGUCGACUUGAAGUUCAUGGAACCUAUUGGACGAGAACUUAAGUCAGUUGGGAAGUUCAUGGAUUCAGCAGUUAAUCUUAUGAACAAAUCUUUCAUUGAUCGUAGUGCUUUCACUCGGACUGGCUGGAGUUCACCGCAGUCCACUAUCUUCAUGAGGCAUGUCAAAUAGCUGGUAAAUUUAGUUAUGGAGUACAUCUGUCCGAUUAGAGCUUUAAUGUCCCUCAUUUGUACUGUAACUGGUAAUUUUGUAUAUUCAGUAACCUGAAGUUGCGGCAUUUUAGAAAAGAAGUAAGAUGUAUUCAUAAUUAUAUAGAAUGGAAGUUU